GGGAGAAAGGGGCACGCGGUGAGAGGAAGAGAUACGACGUGCUGUUAGGUGAGUGCGUCGCGCGCGCCGCAAGCUGGGACACGCUGGUGGAGAAGUAGGAGAGUUUGAAUUCUCAGACUGUGUUUGCGCCAACGGCGUGGAGUUAGGCCUUCUCGACUAAAGCGAGGGUGGAGCUCUUUUUGCGUAGGCAGGGGCGGGGAGGAAGCUUGUCGUAGCUGGACCCAGGUAAAUGGACGAACCUGACAGUUGAGAGGAGGCGGAGGAAGAGGAGGAGGAGGCGGAGACCAAGGUGAAAUGGCGGCGGCAGUACCAAUGGCGGCACAAUGAGGCGACGCCUGUAACCGGGUAAACUCCGGACUGUCCCACCUGGCAGGAGCUUGGCAGUGAUGUGAUUACCAUACACGCAGAUAUAAUGGUGUCAAAAUGCAGUUCAGAAAACAUAUACGCAGAGGUCUCAGAAAUUAAUACAUAAGCUGUGCAGGAAAAAUGCUAUGAAAGAAACACUGGAUGAAUGAAUGAAAAGUCCUGCUUUAUAAUCCCUCAACAUGGCAGGACUACAACUCAUGACCCCAGCUUCCUCUCCAAUGGGUCCUUUUUUUGGACUACCAUGGCAACAAGAAGCAAUUCAUGAUAACAUUUACACACCAAGAAAAUAUCAGGUGGAACUCCUGGAAGCAGCUCUGGAUCACAAUACUAUAGUCUGUUUGAACACUGGCUCAGGGAAGACUUUUAUUGCAGUACUACUCAUUAAAGAACUAUCUUAUCAGAUCAGGGGAGACUUCAACAAAAAUGGAAAAAGAACAGUAUUUUUGGUCAACUCUGCAAACCAAGUCGCUCAGCAAGUAUCAACUGUUAAGACUCAUUCAGAUCUUAAAGUGGGAGAGUAUUCAAGUUUAGAAAUAACAGAAGCAUGGACAAAAGAAAGAUGGAACCAGGAAUUUGCUAAGUACCAGGUUCUGGUUAUGACCUGUCGGGUCGCUUUGAAUGUUUUAAAAAAUGAACAUUUAGCCCUCUCAAACAUUAAUCUCCUUAUUUUUGAUGAGUGCCAUCUUGCAAUCCAGGAUCAUCCUUAUCGAGAAAUUAUGAAGCUUUGUGAAAGUUGUCCAUCCUGUCCUCGAAUCUUGGGAUUAACCGCUUCCAUUUUAAAUGGAAAAUGUGAUCCAGCAGAGUUAGAAGAGAAGAUUCAGAAACUGGAGAAAAUUUUAAAGAGCAGUGCUGAAACAGCAACUGAUUUAGUGGUUUUGGACAGAUAUACUUCUCAGCCAUGUGAGAUUGUGGUGGAUUGUGGACCAUAUUCUGACAAAAGUGGGCUCUAUGAAAGACUGUUAACAGAGCUGGAUGACGCACUUGGCUUUCUGAAUGAUUGCAACAUAUCUGUACAUUAUAGAGAGAGAGAUUCUACCUUAAUUUCUAAGCAGAUACUGUCAGACUGUCGGGCAGUGUUGCUUGUUCUGGGACCGUGGUGUGCAGAUAAAGUAGCUGGGAUGAUGGUGAGAGAGCUACAGAAGUACAUUAAGCAUGAGCAAGAGGAGCUGCACAGGAAAUUUGUAUUGUUUACAGAUACUUUCCUAAGGAAAAUUCAUGCACUCUGUGAAGAGCACUUCUCGCCUUCCUCACUUGACCUGAAAUUUGUAACCCCAAAAGUAAUAAAACUGCUUGAAAUCUUGCGCAAAUAUAAACCCUAUGAACGGCAACAGUUUGAAAGUGUUGAAUGGUAUAAUAAUAGGAAUCAGGAUAACUAUGUAUCUUGGAGUGAUUCUGAGGAUGAUGAUGAGGAUGAAGAAAUAGAAGAGAAAGAGAAGACAGAAACUAACUUUCCUUCUCCCUUUACUAAUAUUUUAUGUGGAAUUAUUUUUGUGGAACGAAGAUACACUGCAGUUGUUUUAAACAGGUUGAUAAAAGAAGCUGGCAAACAAGACCCAGAGCUGGCUUACAUCAGCAGCAAUUUUAUAACUGGACAUGGCAUUGGAAAGAAUCAGCCCCGUAGCAAACAGAUGGAAGUAGAAUUCCGAAAGCAGGAAGAGGUACUUAGAAAAUUUCGAGCACAUGAAACCAACUUGCUAAUUGCAACUAGUAUUGUAGAAGAGGGUGUUGACAUACCAAAAUGCAAUUUGGUGGUUCGUUUUGAUUUGCCCACAGAAUAUCGUUCCUAUGUGCAAUCCAAAGGAAGAGCCAGGGCACCAAUCUCAAACUACAUCAUGUUAGCUGAUUCAGACAAAAUCAAAUGUUUUGAAGAAGAUCUUAAAACCUACAAAGCUAUUGAGAAGAUCCUGAGGAACAAAUGCUCGAAGUCUGUUGAUAUUAGUGAAACAGAAAAUGAGCCCAUUAUAGAUGAUGAUGACAUCUUCCCACCAUAUGUGUUGAGGCCAGAAGAUGGUGGUCCAAGAGUCACAAUAAACACUGCUAUUGGACACAUUAAUCGGUAUUGUGCUAGAUUACCUAGUGAUCCGUUUACCCAUCUGGCUCCUAAGUGUAAAACUAGAGAACUCCUUGAUAACACAUUUUAUGCAACACUUUAUCUUCCUAUCAAUUCUCCUCUUCGAGCAUCAAUAGUUGGUCCUCCAAUGAGUUGUGUGAGAUUAGCAGAAAGAGUUGUUGCUCUUAUUUGUUGCGAAAAAUUGCAUAAAAUUGGUGAACUGGAUGAUCAUUUGAUGCCUGUUGGAAAAGAAACAGUGAAGUAUGAAGAGGAACUUGAUUUGCAUGAUGAAGAAGAAACCAGCGUUCCAGGAAGGCCAGGUUCUACGAAACGACGGCAGUGCUAUCCUAAAGCUAUUCCAGAAUGUUUGAGGGACAGCUAUCCCAAACCUGAUCAACCCUGUUAUCUUUAUGUAAUUGGUAUGGUCUUAACUACCCCUCUACCUGAUGAGCUCAACUUCAGAAGACGAAAGCUAUAUCCUCCCGAAGAUACUACAAGAUGUUUUGGAAUACUGACAGCCAAACCUAUACCUCAGAUUCCUCAUUUUCCUGUAUAUACCCGCUCAGGAGAAGUGACUAUAUCUAUUGAGUUAAAGAAAUCAAGUUUCACUUUGUCUUUACAAAUGCUUGAGUUAAUCACACGACUUCACCAAUAUAUAUUCUCUCACAUUCUUCGACUUGAAAAACCUGCACUAGAAUUCAGACCCACUGAUGCUGAUUCAGCCUAUUGUGUUCUACCUCUUAAUGUUGUUGAUGGCUCCAGCACUUUGGACAUUGAUUUUAAAUUUAUGGAAAAUAUUGAGAAAUCUGAAGCUCGUACUGGCAUUCCCAGUACACAAUAUACAAAAGAAACACCUUUUAUUUUUAAAUUAGAGGAUUAUCAGGAUGCAGUUAUCAUUCCAAGGUAUCGAAAUUUUGAUCAGCCUCAUCGGUUCUAUGUUGCUGAUGUCUACACAGAUCUUACACCACUGAGCAAGUUUCCUUCACCAGAAUAUGAAACAUUUGCUGAAUAUUAUAAAACAAAAUAUAACCUUGAUCUGACCAAUCUCAACCAGCCAUUGCUGGAUGUGGACCACACAUCUUCAAGACUUAAUCUUUUGACUCCUCGACAUUUAAAUCAGAAGGGGAAAGCUCUUCCAUUAAGCAGUGCAGAGAAACGGAAAGCUAAGUGGGAAAGUCUGCAAAAUAAGCAGAUUCUGGUUCCAGAACUUUGUGCUAUACAUCCUAUUCCAGCAUCACUGUGGAGAAAAGCGGUUUGUCUCCCUAGCAUCCUUUAUCGUCUUCACUGCCUUUUGACAGCCGAGGAACUCAGAUCUCAAACAGCUAUUGACGCUGGUGUAGGAGUUAAAUCACUUCCUAUAGAUUUCAGAUAUCCUAACCUGGACUUUGGGUGGAAAAAAUCUAUUGACAGCAAAUCCUUCAUCUCUGCUCCUAAUUCCUCUCUAGAAGAGAAUGAAAAUUAUUGUAAGCACAGCACAAUUGUAGUCCCUGAAAAUGCUGCACAUCAAGGUGCUAUUAAAACCUCCUCUGCAGAUAAGCAUGACCAAAUGUCUGUGAACUACAGAGCAUUGAUAGAGUCACCUAGCAAACUCCAAAAGGAUGUCUCAGUAGAACUGGCAACAGCUAAUGGUGUUUCUUACAGUAAAAACCUUGCCAACGGCAAUUGUGACUUAUCUAACAGAGACGUUUGCCAAGAAAAUCAGCUAAAUUACUGCAGGCAAGAAAUACCUGUACAAUCAACUACCUCGUAUCCUAUUCAAAAUUUAUACAACAGUGAGAACCAGCUCAAGCUCAGCAAUGAAUGUACUCUGAGUAAUAAAUAUCUUGAUGGAAAUGCUAACAAAUCUACCUCAGAUGAUUGUCCCAAAAUGACAAUGACCACCAGUGCUUCAGAAGCUUGCAAACUUUCAGAAGAAAGCAUGGGUUCUGUAACAAGCCCUUCCAGCGGUUAUUCCUCAAAAACCCUUGGUCCGAACCCUGGUCUCAUUCUUCAGGCAUUGACUCUCUCAAAUGCUAGUGAUGGAUUUAAUCUGGAACGGCUUGAGAUGCUUGGUGAUUCAUUUUUAAAGCAUGCCAUCACUACAUAUUUGUUUUGCACUUAUCCUGAUGCUCAUGAGGGACGCCUGUCAUAUAUGAGAAGCAAAAAAGUCAGCAAUUGUAACUUGUAUCGUCUUGGAAAAAAGAAAGGGCUUCCUAGUCGCAUGGUGGUGUCUAUAUUUGAUCCUCCUGUGAACUGGCUUCCUCCUGGUUACAUAGUAAACCAAGACAAGAGUAAUGCAGACAAAUGGGAAAAAGAUGAAAUGACAAAAGAGGGCUUAUUGUCUAAUGGAAAACAUGAUUAUGAUGAUGAUGAUGAUGAUGACGAUGACUUAAUGUGGCGGGUACCCAAGGAGGAAGCUGACUUUGAAGAAGACUUUUUGGAAUAUGAUCAAGAGCAUAUCAAAUUUAUUGACAAUAUGUUAAUGGGUUCCGGAGCAUUUGUGAAGAAAAUAUCACUGUCCCCAUUUUCACCUGCUGAUAGCAGUUAUGAAUGGAAAGCACCCAAAAAAUCAUCUUUAACUAAUGUUCAAUUUUCAUCAGAUUUUGAUGAUUUUGACUACAGUUCAUGGGAUGCAAUGUGCUACUUAGAUCCUAGCAAAGCUGUUGAAGAAGAUGAUUUUGUUGUAGGUUUCUGGAAUCCAUCAGAGGAAAACUGUGGUAUUGAUGCUGGAAAACAAUCUAUCUCAUAUGAUUUACAUACAGAACAAUGCAUUGCUGACAAAAGCAUUGCAGACUGUGUAGAAGCCCUUUUGGGAUGUUAUCUGACCAGCUGUGGGGAAAGAGCUGCCCAGCUUUUCCUCUGUUCAUUGGGUCUGAAAGUGCUUCCAGUUAUUAAAAAAACUGAUUGGGACAGUGUUCUGUACUCAUACAGAGAUCGUUUUAACAGCCAACAGAAGCAUUCUUCAGCAAACUGCAUUUCUGCCUCUUUAGCUAAUCAAGAAUCUUCUCUCUAUAAAGAUUUGGUAUAUGGCUGUUUAAAGAUUCCUCCAAGAUGUAUGUUUGAUCAUCCAGAUGCUGAGAGAACCUUAAAUCACCUUAUAUCAGGCUUUGAAAACUUUGAGAAGAAGAUUAACUACAGUUUUAAGAACAAGGCUUAUCUACUUCAGGCAUUUACUCAUGCCUCGUAUCAUUACAACACCAUUACUGAUUGUUACCAGCGGUUAGAAUUUCUGGGAGAUGCAAUUUUGGACUACCUCAUAACUAAGCACCUUUACGAAGACCCACGACAGCACUCUCCAGGAGUUCUAACAGACCUGCGAUCGGCUCUUGUUAACAAUACCAUCUUUGCCUCAUUGGCUGUAAAAUAUGACUACCACAAAUAUUUCAAAGCUGUCUCUCCUGAGCUGUUUCAUGUUAUUGAUGAUUUUGUACAGUUCCAGAUGGAAAAGAAUGAAAUGCAAGGAAUGGAUUCUGAGCUCCGAAGAUCUGAAGAAGAUGAAGAAAAAGAAGAAGACAUAGAAGUACCAAAGGCUAUGGGAGAUAUAUUUGAGUCCCUUGCUGGUGCAAUUUACAUGGAUAGUGGAAUGUCUCUGGAAAUGGUUUGGCAAGUGUACUAUCCAAUGAUGAGGCCAUUAAUAGAAAAAUUCUCUGCAAAUGUGCCCCGUUCACCAGUAAGAGAGCUGUUGGAGAUGGAGCCAGAGACAGCUAAAUUUAGUCCUGCCGAAAGAACUUACGAUGGAAAGGUCAGAGUAACAGUGGAAGUUGUAGGGAAGGGAAAGUUCAAAGGUGUUGGAAGAAGCUAUCGGAUUGCCAAAUCAGCAGCAGCAAGAAGAGCUCUACGAAGCCUCAAAGCAAAUCAACCUCAGGUUCCGAAUAGCUGAGACACCUUCUUAAAAAAACAAAAACAAAUAUACCAUAAAGAGAAAUUUAAAAAAUAUAUGUUGAGAGGAACAAACUGAAGACAGCAAUUAAAGUUUGGUAAUAAAGUAGUUAACAACAUAAACAUGUAUACAUAAUUUUGGAACUAAUUGUAGUUAUAGGUUUUUUUGCGCAAACACAAUCUUGUCUUCUUUCCUCACUUCUGCUUUGUUUAAUCACAAGAGUGCUUUAAUGAUAUUUAGCAAGUGUUCAAAACAAUUGUCAGGUUCUUUGGUUUACUUUUUCACUACAGUACAGCUUUGCUUUGCUUAAAGGCCAGGGAGCUUAUGUCUCUUGUGAGAUAAAUAUCUGUAUCUCUACUUCUAUCUAGAUAUAUGGAUAUAUCUUGAAAUUCCUUUAAUCUGUGCACUAGUGCCAGUCACAAAGCAGUUAUAAACUGUGCUGGAUAAUAUGGUGUAAGAAUAAGUGUGCCAGUAUUGUCCUUGUUCUUUCCAUGUCAUCUUUGCAUUAAGAUGGCAUUCCCAAUCAUUAUUGCACUUAUUUGUUAGGGACAGGUUUUUAAUUGAAAUGUCUUGCAUCCAAUAGAAUUUUAAUUGAUGCCACAUAGUCUUGCAUUAAAGGUUCUUGCCUUAAAAGUACAUAUGCCCUCAAAAUUAAAAACAUUCAUUUUUUUAUCUCUUUGGAACAAACUGUAUUAUAUUCCCUCCACUUUUAGAAUGCAUUUUGCAAUGAUAAAUCUCUGUAUUUACAGUACUUGUUAGUUUAGCUGUGACUUAACUUAUUACGCAACUGUAAUAGAAUUGUAUUCAUAUAUACGUAGUGAGGUUAUUUUUAACAUUUCAAAGGAAAUUAUUAGUACAGAGUUUAUUUGAUAUUGCAAAGAAAAUGUUUCUUCUUAAUUUCCAUUGUUAAGAAACCAAGAGUCUAGACUGAGCAGUGUCCAUUACUCUUGUGGAACUUCCUUUCACUUCAAGGGGCUUGUGCAGGAGAUUUUCUUGGUGGAUUACUGCCAUAGUUUACUGGAAUUUAGUAAUGAUAAUUGCACAGUGUGAACUGUUGCUUUUUUAAAAAAGAAAAAAAAGAACCUUUGACAUAUCGCACCUAAAAUAUGCUGCAGUUUUUUUUAUUGGAUACCUAUUUAACAAAUGGAGCACCUUUACACCUUUAAAAGCAAUUUCCACAUAAUUCUUACUGUACUUUUCAGAGUUGCAUGCAUAUUUCACCUACCAAAGCUGUGCUGUUAAAAUGCCAUGGAAGUUGUCGUGUGAGAGAAACUGCCAUACUUUUGAUACAUCUGUGACUUAGGUUCUUUAAUGUAGAGUAACUAGCUCAUUAUUGUUGUUUAAGUUGAUAUGAAAUCGUAAAUUGUUAGGCUAUGCCUCAAUUUCUUUAUACAUAUGUAGGCACCCUUCACUUAAAUACCUCAGUUCUUUGUUCUUUUUAUGUCUUUUUUCUCCUUUUUGCAUGCAUUGUUUUUUGUUUGUUUGUUUUUGGUGCUAUGUGUAUGUAUUAUGCUUGAAAUUUUAAUUUUUGCACUGUAACUAUAAUACCUCUUAAUUUACCUUUAUAAGAAGCUGUGGGUCAUCUUGCACUCCCACCAAUAUCAAUAGAGGUUUGCUGCAAUUUUACCCCUGUUAAUUAUGCUUGAAGUUUGAGAGAACUGAGCAGAGUUUUUAAUGUUUUCCAGCACAGUGGUUUACUCUUGACGCUAUUUUAAGUGCUAAAUUGCAGAUAAUCCUGUUUUCUGCUUUUAAAGACCCCCUCCUUCCCACACAAGCAUAUUCAUUCAAACUGUAAAGAGGAGAAACAUCUGGCUUAUCCUUGUAAAGAAUAGAACCAUAACUUAGUGACAAAAAAGUUAAAUUUCAGGAUUUAAUUUUGAAUGACAGAUACCUUGUUUAAAUUCAUAAUAAUGAAUCAAAAUAGUAUUUGUGUGGGGCUUAAUUCAAUGAGAGAAUAAAAUGCCUGGAAUUGCACAUGCAACUCAAUUUUGUGUGUGUGUCCAGCACAACCAUUUCAAAUGAAUGAAGAAGUAAUUUUCCCUUUCAGCUUUAAAAUAGUCUGUUCUUCAUUUCAGCAUGAGUGGUUACCAUUAAUUUUUUUUAAAAAUUAAAAAAAAAACCUGCAACAUACAUAGUGCUCUCUCCAUAGACAUAGACAUAGACAGCGUGUGUGUUUUGGAUUGCGGAUAUUUGUUACAGUGUUGAAGCAAGACUUUAAUCCCCCUCAGCCACUGACUCUUUAGUUGGUUGCAUCCAUAUUUCAGAAGUGGGGCAUAUAAGCCCGCUUUAUGGAACAAUAAGACUGUAAAGGUAACUUCAGAAUAAAUAUUGUUAAAUUCACGGUUGUGGCUCAAAGUAAACAUCUUGUAAUGCUAGUAAAUAAUUGUUACUAAAAUUAUUUUUUUUUUCUCUGCUGAUAGCCAGAUUAGCCUUUAAAAAUAUUCAUACAGUUUUUUAAAAAGAGUAUGUAUUAUCCCAAUCACAUACAUAAAGUUCUGUGAUUUUAUAAUAUACCAUACCUAAAAUAAGAUCCAAAUAUAUUCAGUAAACACAUUUCAUAUUUGAAUAAUUUCAAAAAAGUAAGAUAUCACAGGAUGGCAGUUGAAGAGUCUGAUAAUUAGAUUCCCUAAUCUAAAGUAUUCAGUGCCUCCACAAUGCAUCAAGCCAUGUAAUUAAAAAUACUGAGUAGGGAUCAACUAUAAAUCUAGGUCCUGCUGCUGUGCACCUCUGUGUAUAAUAUCACAUUGUCUUUGUUCUAUCAUUUAGUUCAAAUAUUUCAUAAAGCAAUUAGAAUCCACAAAUAUAACACAAAAUCCACCCAUAAAAUUUUGAUCUUGCACAACCGUUUUUCCUUUUCUAGAAAAUACAAUUGGGUAUUUUGGGGUAUUUUUGAAACCUAAAUUUGAAAAUUAGGGCCUAAAUCUUUUGAUACACCACAAGCAUGAAACAAAAGGGACUGUUGCAAACCUGUCUUCAAAUUGUAUAACACAGAUUCCUCAUGUAGACAACCGAGGGGUUAAUGGCAUAAACCUAUUUUCAAAUGUUUGUCUGUGUAUUAAACUGUCCUGCUUACAGUCCUCCUAACUAUGCUGCAUUUUUAAUUUUUAUUAUGGCUUUGUUUUGUGCUAUUCUGUUCAUGUAGCACAAAGAAUCAUUGCACUUGGUACCAUGCUUUACCUCAUUUCAAGGAGAAAUACCCUUAAACGAGAAAAUAUGGUUCGGGGCUUGCUGCUGCUUUGGUUUACUGAAUUUGAAUAAGACCACUAGAGUGUUUGCAGUAUGUCAGUUAACUUGCACAAAUGAAACAGGCCAUUUGCUGUUGUUUUCCUAUGGCAUGUUACUAUAUUUGUUUCAUUUAAAUGACUGAUUAUUGAAGAAUUUCCAGGGAAAUUUCCAGUAUCUUGUAUGAUUAAAAGAUACUUCCUCAAGUAUGUGCUCCUCCAUUUUAUGAGUUUUCUUUAGUUUUUGGAAGAGUUUCUCAACUCCACAGGAAUAUAUAUUUCAGUGGAUACAGGAGGCUGCAACAGGAAGGAGUUGAGAGGAGUGUCAUUGUGCGAGCAGAAACUUCCUAAGUGCUUCCCUCAAUCUUCCCACUUAUCUUUUUCUUUCUUAUACAACAUUUUUAUUUUUGAUAAAACGGUUUAAAUGUUAAACUUAACUUUGAUUUCCUCCCCUUGAUGUAAAUUCACUUGUCUACAUGAUGGUCACUUACAUUUUUCCUUCAUUUUGGAUGUGAAGGGAUCUGAUUUUUAUAAAAGUUCUUGUCAGUGUAAUGAUAGGCUCUGUUCCGCUCUGAACAGGUCUACUUCUAAGUGGUAUAAAUUAAUAGUCAAGGCCUUUUCAAAUUGGAAGUUAUUUGAUCAUACUAGAGCCGUGCGUUCUUCUAUAUUCUUCAGUGAAUGUAGUAGAAUUAGUUGUAUGUGACUAAUGAACACAAGGUUGAAUCAAGGAUGGUAUUAGGGUAUUGAUGGCAAAUUUCAUAUUCAGUAAGGAAAGAUGUGAUAAUAUUUAUAUAAUGUUUCUUUAAACCUUUAUAAUUUACAGCUAUAAAACAUAACUUAAACCUAACAGCAUUCACCAGCAGAAGUCUGAUAACAGAUCUCCAUGGGGUCAGUGUAGAAUACAAAACAGUAGCCACAAUGUCUUUGAAGAAUAAUUCUACAUAUAUCUGUUUGUCUCUAAGUCUGCUUACAGGUUCCCUCUACUUGUUUGUAUUUUAUAAUUUGAAUAACCAUAGACUGUUUAAACUGAUGUCAUUUAUAUAACUGGUUUAUUACAAAAGGAAGUUAUCUGGAGAAACAGAAGUUGAAAAAAGUUGAAAAUUGCAGGCUUUUUAAUUGUAAAUAGUUUGACUUUAAAGAUGGUUAAAAUCAAGUAGAAUGAAUAACAUAAUUUUAUGGACAAUAAAAGAUUCCCAUCACAUGCUGCAGCUGUCUUAAGGGACAUAAAAUGUAAUCCAUUCAUACUGUAAUCAUGCUGCAGAAAUUUGCAGUCUGCACCUUAUGGAUCACAGUUACCUUUAAUACUUUUUUUUUUUUUUUGUAAAAUUGUAGCUGAAUCUAUCCCCAAUAAAGUUCUGUUCUGUUCAUUCUUGUGUUUUGUUUUCU